AUGUUGUAUCUGGAUACAGGCAGCACCACGUCCUUCCCUGAGUCGCAGUACACAAACCUGGGGCUCCUCAACAGCAUGGACCAGAGCAUCCAAAAUGGCGGCUCCAACAACACCAGUCCAUACAACACGGACCACGCCCAGAACAACGUGGCCGCACCCUCGCCGUACUCCCAGCCCAGCUCCACGUUCGACGCCCUCUCGCCCUCCCCCGCCAUCCCCUCCAACACAGACUACGCCGGGCCUCACACCUUCGACGUGUCCUUCCAGCAGUCCAGCACCGCCAAGUCCGCCACGUGGACGGUGGUGACGCUGCACAAAGAACCAGCUCCUCCUGCUCUGUCAUUACCCAAAGUGCCGCGCACGGACAGCUGUUGCAUCACCGAUUCACCAGCUCACAAUCGCGACGCAAUAAGUGACACACAAUCACAGGAACCAGGCUCAGUGUCGCGCUCUGGCGGACACGGUCAUACUCUCAGAGUGUGCUGGAGGAGGAGGAGGAGAGACCAGCUCAAAGACAAGAGUGUUCCAGCAAAAAAAGGCUACAAGAUGCAGCUUGCCCCUGGAACAUCUGCGGGCCCGUCCCACGCCUCGGAGAUGGAGCUCAGACUUGUUUGUGUCAGAAAGCCUGUAGCGACUCGCCCCACAUCACAGCAGACACGCCUCUGCUCCGCGCCGCUCUGGGAAGCGGGCUCCGGGCCUAUCGGCGGGGAGAGAGCGUCGGGGGGGUCAGACGUGCAGGGGCCAGCAGGAGCAGCCGCCACCGGGAAGCGUGAGAGUGCAUUAAAACUCCAUCUGUGGGAGUUCAGCUGUGGAUUGUGGUUUCAACUUCUACCAACCAGUUUACAGGAGAUGGAUGUGAGAAGUGUCUGCAGCAUUAGGAAGAGUUGGUUUGGUCAGUGUCGCGCCACAACAACAUCUGGAAACUUCUGA